CUCCACAGAUUGAGAGAGAGAGAGAGAGAGAGAGAGAGAGAGAGAGAGAGAGAGAGAGCAGAGAGAAUGGAGAAGCGUGGCGGUGAAGCAGUGGAGGGGGUGACAGUGAGCAACAAGCAAGUGAUACUGAGAGAGUACGUGAGCGGGUUUCCCAGAGAAGAUGACAUGGAAGUGGUGCUGAGGAAGGAGAUAAAGCUGGAAGUUCCCCGAGGAUCCAGCGCAGUGUUGGUGAAGAAUCUCUACUUGUCCUGCGAUCCAUACAUGCGCCUCCUCAUGAGCCCCACCCUUCCCAACAGCAUCUUCUCUUCUUACGCUCCUUGCUCCCCUAUCACUGGGUAUGGAGUGGCCAAAGUCGUGGACUCCGGGAACCCAGAAUUCAAGGUGGGCGACUUAGUUUGGGGCACGACAGGAUGGGAAGAGUACAGCCUCGUCACCGAUCCUCAGGGCCUCUUCAAAAUCGAGCACACAGAUGUGCCUCUUUCUUACUACACCGGCAUUCUUGGUACGCCGGGGAUGACCGCCUAUUUCGGCUUCUACGAGGUGUGUUCCCCUAAGAAAGGAGAGUGCGUCUUUGUAUCGGCGGCGUCCGGUGCAGUUGGACAGCUUGUGGGACAAUUCGCAAAGUUGGAGGGAUGUUAUGUUGUCGGCAGCGCUGGAAGCAAAGAGAAGGUUGAUUUGUUGAGGAGCAAGUUCGGUUUUGACGACGCAUUCAACUAUAAAGAGGAACGCAAUCUCGAUGCAGCUUUAAAGAGAUAUUUUCCCCAAGGGAUUGAUAUUUAUUUUGAGAAUGUUGGGGGGAAAAUGCUCGACGCGGUGCUCCUCAACAUGAGAACUCGGGGCAGGAUAGCCGUGUGCGGUAUGGUGUCACAGUACAACCUCGACCCACCCGAGGGCGUCACCAACUUGAUGAAUAUUGUGUACGGCAGAGUCCGGAUUGAGGGAUUUGCGGUCUUCGAUUACUUCGACCAGUACUCCAAGUUCCUGGACUUUGUGGUGCCUCACAUCAGGGAAGGGAAGAUAGUGUACAUCGAAGACAUAGCUGAGGGGCUUGAGAAUGGACCGUCGGCUCUGGUCGGACUCUUCAGCGGCCGCAAUGUCGGAAAACAAGUAGUAGUAGUAGCAAGAGAAUGAGGACAAAAACUUCGUGUGUGAUGUACAAGAUUGUAAUGAGAUUUAAGUCAUAGACUGAUGCUGCUACACUCCGCUUUUAGUUAAUUGGAUUGGUGAAUAAAUAGCAGGGGCAACGACACUACAAAAUAUAUUUAAACUUUGUUCCAUUGGGCAAUUGAACAUUGAAAUUUCUUUUUCAAUUGA